AUGGGUAGCUCGCCAUUGAGUAAUCCCGCCGCCCCUGGCCUGCCGUACUACACUCCAGCCCAAAACCCCCCGGCUGGCAGUGCGCUGGACCCGUCGUCAGCACCCACUCUCUUCCAGCCCCUGCAGAUCCGGGGCACGACACUGCACAACCGCUUCGUCGUCUCGCCCAUGUGCCAGUUCAGCUCCCAGGACGGCAUCCUCUCUGACUACCAUCUCGUCCACCUCGGCCAGUUCGCCAAGGCCGGCGCCGCCCUCACCAUCGUCGAGGCCACUGCCGUCGAGGCUCGCGGCCGCAUCAGCCCCCAGGACGCCGGGCUGUGGUCCGACCAGCAUGUCGCCCCUUUGAAGCGCAUCGUCGAGUUCAUACACAGCCAGGGAACCAAGGCCGGCAUCCAGCUGAGCCACGCCGGUCGAAAGGCCAGCGUUCUGGCUCCAUGGAUCAGCGAGGGACAUGGCAAGGCCCUCGCCACGAGCGAGUUUGGGGGAUGGCCGGAUGACACCGUCAGCUCGAGCGCGAUCCCGUUCGCGUCCAACUACGCUACGCCUCGAGAACUUUCCGUGGCAGAGAUACAGAGUGUGGUCCAGGCAUUUGCUGAUGCCGCCAGUCGGGCCGUGACAGCUGGGUUUGACACAAUCGAGCUUCACGCUGCGCACGGCUAUCUCCUGAACCAGUUUCUAUCCCCCCUUUCUAACACACGAACAGACGAUUAUGGUGGCAACUUCGAUAACCGCACCCGCCUGCUACGAGAAGUAAUCUCCGCCGUUCGCGCCGUAAUCCCCGAAUCAAUGCCCCUAUGGGUACGUAUAUCCGCCACAGAAUGGAUGGAAUGGGACGGGAAGCCGACCUGGGACAUCGAGGAGAGCAUCCGCCUCGCCCGCAUCCUCCCCGGCCUCGGCGUCGACCUCCUCGACGUGAGCAGCGGCGGCAACAACUCGAGCCAGAAGAUCGAGAUCUCCAAGUACUAUCAGGCGGACUUAGCGGGGAAGAUCCGCCAGGUCGUCCACGACGAAGGCCUCAAGCUGCUUAUUGGCGCCGUAGGGUUCAUCAGCGAGGCGGAGAUGGCUCGAGACCUGUGCCAGGAAGGGGGUGACACGGCCGUGGUAUCCGAGGAGAAGGGGGUUCCCAAGUCAGACGUGGUUAUCGUUGCUCGGCAGUUUCUCCGCGAUCCUCACUUUGUGUUGCACUCGGCGCAGGAGCUGCAGGUGCCAGUGAAGUGGCCAAAUCAGUAUCAAAGGGCACCCCGCCGAACCCACUAG